UGGUUGACUCUCAAGUCUCUCUCACUUGCCCUGGCAAUCUUAGUAUGAACGGGCGAGAGCGUAGGGGAGAAGGUGGACGUGUCGGGGCGCAUGAGAGGACGCCGCUGGUGGCGAGGGCGGGCGCGAGCGAGCGUGUCGGGGCGACCUUGUGGCAGCAAAGCAUGGCGUAUGCACGCAAGCUGGCGAGUGGAACCUCGCGCAAGCGUGUCUCGACCAUCUUUGCUAUUGUAGUGCCGUUGCUAGUGGUGACUACGAUCGGCUUGCUCCAGUUGCUGCUGGACAAGGAGCUGGUGAUGGGGCCGGCCAAAGGCACUCUGGCCGGCGACUCCUUUGACGCCUCCCACUCGAUGUCGAACGCCUUUGGCUACCAGAACAACUGGCUUGUCGAGCCCGAGCCUGGCAUGGCAGAUAUCGAUGUCGGCUGGCGGAACUGGACUGGAGACGGCAGCGGGAUGAUGGCUAGAGUUCCAUCGGCAAGUUUCACAGGGUGGAUCCCGGGCACCACGCUCGUUGUGCCGUCGUUCACGCGCUUUGAGCCCGGCGUCGACAUCAACGCUGCGCUGCUUGCCGCUCAGGCCGAGGCCUCAGCGCACUUUGGCGUAGACUCGACCUCGUCGGCAGGCGCGGCCGCGCUGACCGAGAUCAUGCCCGAGGGCGUCAUCCACAUGCAGCGCGUUAACGCCUCGGCCCGCGAGAUGCAGAUUGUCCUUCAGUACUCGCGUUCUUCUGCGCUCGAAAACGCAGAAUGGGCGUAUCUUGUGUUCAACUUUGAUCCAUCGGCUGAGUACGCCCGAUGGCUGACAUACCUGCCGGCGGCGAUGCUGGACUUUCUAGGCCUGGACUACGCGUUGGAGGUCACCACCGGCGAGCUUCCGUACAUCGCUCUUGGCCUCCCGUUUGACCUUUCGCUCGUCAUCUCUGGCUUUCUCUUUCCGCUUGCACUCACUGUCCUUGUCCCGUCAUUUGUGUACGCCGCCGUGGCAGUCAAGGCCUCGCGCGAGCGCGAGCUGAUGCGGAUGAACGGGCUCUCGCUGGGUGCGUACUGGGGCGUCACUGCAGCCUUCAACCUGGGGAUGCAGCUUGCAGCGUCGGCCGUGUUUCUUAUCUCAUCGCUCUGCUUCCAACUGCGGUUCUUUACCGAGACCUCACCGCUGGUCUACCUCGCAUUGGUGCUGGUGUGGAGCCUGGCGGGCGUGGCGUUUUCACUGGUCUGCUCUGUCCCGUUCUCCAAGCCGCGGCUGGCGGUGCUUGUCAUCUACGGGCUCGUCCUCGCUUCGGUGCUCACGGCGUCGAAUCUUAACGCGUUUGUGUGGUCCAACAGCCGGGCGCCGGUGUGGUUCCUCCUCUGGCCACCGUUUGCGCUCACCCGGACCAUCUACUUGAUCGCCAACGGCGUGCUCCAGGGCGACGCGCUCGUGGCCAGUGCGCUCUCGCCGGGUCAUGAGUUUGGACUCUGUUGCCUGCUGCUGACGCUAGAGGCGGCGCUGAUGAGCGCCGCGGCGCCGUAUCUCGACACGGUCAUCCCGCAGGCCUUUGGCGUCGCUCGGCCGCUGCUCUGGCCGUGCAUGCGUGACAACCGAGUCGAUGGCGGAUGGAGCAGCGGCACCGAGCCGUACCCAGAUGACGACGCGCGUGAAAUGGGGCUGGACGUGGCGGCCGAGGCUGAGCGGGCGGCAGGCGGGCUGACAAGUGCAGCAGGCUCGCCGGCUGUGGCGGUGGUCAAUCUCAACAAGCUGUUUGGCAAGCACCAUGCAGUGCGCAAUCUUUGCCUUGCCAUCGACGAGGGCGAGUGCUUUGGCCUCCUCGGGCCCAACGGUGCGGGCAAGUCGACCACCAUCGGCAUGCUCACUGGCCUGCUUCCGGCGAGCUCUGGACGAGCAGUGAUGUAUGGGCAUGAUCUGGCGAGUGAGCUCGCCGAGAUUCGCAGCCUCCUCGGCGUCUGUCCGCAGCACGACAUCCUCGACCCGCUGCUGACCGUCCGCGAGACCGCAAUCUUUUACGCCCGGCUCAAGGGCCUCGCCCCUGACGCCGCCAACACGGCUGUUGCCGAUUUGCUCGCGCAAUGCGGGCUGGAGGAGGCUAGUGGGAAGCUGACGCCACAGCUUUCCGGUGGAAUGCGGCGACGGCUCUCGAUCUUGAUUGCGCUCGUUGGCGGCGCGCGCGUCGUUUUUCUCGACGAGCCCACCACAGGGCUCGGCGUCGAGGAGCGGCGGGCAAUCUGGGCCAUUGUGGCCGAGGCCCGCCGUGGGCGGGUCAUUGUCCUCACCACCCACUCGAUGGAGGAAGCCGAUGUGCUCUGCUCGCGGAUCGGGAUUGUGUCGCGUGGGCGCCUGCAGUGCGUUGGAACGCAGGCCGAGCUCAAGCGGCGGUACGGCGCCGGAUACCGUCUCGUGCUCAAGGUUGCCGUACAUGCAGUUGACCAUGUCGUCGCUGCCGUUCAGGAGGAGCUGGAGAGCGCGCGCGUCCUCAAUAGGUUUAAGGGCACCGUCACGCUCUCGGUCGAAGGCGUGGCUGUAUCGGGCCUGUUUGCCGUCAUGGAGGAUAUCAAGACGAGGCUGGGCGGCCUUGUCCAUGACUACUCUGUAUCUGGCACGUCACUGGAGGAGGUCUUUGUCUCGAUUGUGCGCGCGGACGAAGGGCAAGUGUAGGCUCGUAACUUUGUGUUGGAUGUGUGCCUUUAUCACGUGAUGUGUGGCUAGUGCUGGCCGACUACGCCUCGUCAUCGUCGUUGCUGGCCUGCGCGCGCUUGAGUUCCUUGAUGGUGGUGAGGAGGAUGCCCAUCUCCUUGAACAGGAUCUGGGUAAAGGUGCGAACGGUCGAUGUAAACUCCAUAAAGUCCUUC